UGGGCAGCACCUAACCCACCCAUUUUUGAUCUAGAUAGAGAGUCGAGAGAGAGAGAGGGAGGGAGGUAAGGAGUGUUGAGACAAACAGCCAUGGACCCACAGCAACAAGUUGAAGCGACGAUUCCACAGCCUACCCCACCACAAGUUGGUGGAGGAGGAGGAGAUUUCACUGCCAUUUUCACGGUGUUAUUGUUCUUCAUCGCCAUCUUCUCUAUGGUACUGGUUCCAUCAUCGACAACAUUAAAGAAUAGUGUAUCAAUUAUACACCAAGUUCCAGAAGGUCAUGUUGGUGUUUACUGGAGAGGAGGUGCCCUUCUGAAUAUAAUUACAGAUCCAGGUUUUCAUCUAAAAAUGCCUUUGCUAACUCACUUUGAGCCCAUUCAAGUAACUCUUCAAACAGAUCUGGUGAGGAAUAUCCCAUGUGGUACAAAAGGGGGUGUUAUGAUCAACUUCGAGAAAAUAGAGGUUGUUAACCGCCUUCAUAAGGGUUUUGUCUAUGAAACACUGCGUGAUUACGGUGUACAGUAUGAUAACACAUGGAUAUACGACAAGAUUCAUCAUGAGAUCAAUCAGUUCUGCAGUGUUCAUUCCCUACAGCAAGUUUAUAUUGAUAUGUUUGAUCAGAUUGAUGAAAAAAUGAAAGAUGCUCUUCAGUCUGAUUGCACACGGUAUGCUCCAGGUAUUGAAAUUAUCAGCGUCCGUGUCACAAAACCAACCAUCCCUGAAAGUAUAAGACGGAAUUUUGAACAGAUGGAAGAGGAACGCACCAAGGUUUUGAUCUCAAUGGAGAGACAGAGAGUAGCUGAGAAAGAGGCUGAGACACAGAAAAAAAUUGCUUUAAGUGAAGCGGAGAAGAAUGCACAAGUAAGCAAGAUCCAGAUGGAACAGAAAUUGAUGGAAAAGGAUAGUGCUAGGAGGGAAGAGGAAAUUGCAAAUGAAAUGUACAAUGCUCGUGCGAAGAGCUUGGCUGAUGCCAGUUAUUAUAGAGCAAUGAAAGAAGCAGAAGCAAACAAGUUGAAGCUUACCCCUCAAUAUUUGGAGCUCAAAUUCAUUGAAGCAAUUACUAACAACUCAAAAAUAUUCUUUGGAAACAAGGUACCCAAUAUGGUUUUUGAUCAGAGGCUGCUUGGAAAUUUUUUGCUAGAUAUAACCAAAGAGGGAAACUUGGAGUCUUAAGUUCUAGGAUCAUUUCAUGGAUGUGAAAUGAUGACAUUAGGGAGAAGGAGGAAGGUGAUUUUUGUCUUGUUUCAUAAUUUUUUGGUGGUUACCCGUUUCUGUUGGCUACUGUUGUGGAGAAAAUAGGGCUCUGUUUGGAAGAGCUUUGGAAUUGUGAUUCCAGCUCUUAGUUUGCAUAUAGUGUUUGGUUGUGGCUUUUAAAAAUUAAUUCCACUUACUUUUGAAA